AUGAAAGAUUAUGCUACCGUCAUUUGGGCGGUUCAAACUCUGGGGGGUAUAAUAACGCCUGCAAACCCUAGUUAUACGGCCGACGAACUUACGCAUCAGCUGACGACUAGCAAAGCCAAAUUGAUUGUAACUCACUCUGUUUGUCGGAAUGCAGCCUUGGAGGCUUCUCGAGCCUCGGGCAUUAGCGGAGACCGUCUGGUGCUUCUAGUUGAUCCGACAUUGAGCCCCACCGUCAAUUCUUCGACUGUCGAAGAUCUCAUCGCGUUUGGAAUAAGCAGACCUCAGAGCUACAAAGCCCAAUGUUUGUUACCGGGCGAAGCUCGCACUACGCUCGCUUUCCUCUCGUUUUCAAGCGGCACAACGGGAAAACCAAAGGCUGUGGAAAUUUCCCACUUCGCCGUCAUCGCUAAUGUCAUUCAAAUGGCCGCGCAUUACCAAAUAUACGAUCCUGUGCAGCCUUCCAGUCGCAUGCUUCCUGGUGACAUAGCUCUCGCAGUUCUGCCUUUUUUUCAUAUUUAUGGUCUCGUUGUCAUGAUGCAUUACAUUUUAUAUUGCGGGAUGUCGAUCGUGGUUGUGCCGAAGUUUAAUUUUUCAAGUUUUCUGGACAGCAUCAUCCGCCACAAAGUUACUCAUUUAUUCCUGGUCCCCCCUCAAAUCGUCCUUUUGUGCAAGCAUCAAUCUGUGCAAAACUACGAUUUCAGCCAUGUCAAAUAUUGCCUGUCUGGUGCAGCUCCACUGAGCGGAGAGCUGAUGGAGCAGGUUACUAGUAUUCUUCCCAACGCAUCUAUUGGUCAAGGAUAUGGUUCGUCACCAGGCACUGUCUCCAUGGACCCCACUCAUGUGGUCCUAGCUACGAUAGGAAGCGCGGGUCGCCUCCUUCCCGGAAUUGUGGCCAGGGUGCUCAAACCAGACGGCACUUUUGCAGCUGAAGGUGAACAAGGUGAACUUGUGGUGACGGGUCCAUCCAUGGCUUUGAGAUACAUGGACAACCCGAAAGCAACUGCAGAAACUUUUGUGGGUGGCUGGGUGCGUACUGGAGAUGAAGUAAUCAUCAAAGAUCUCGAGGUUUUUGUCGUUGAUCGUUUGAAGGAGAUAAUAAAGGUUCGAGGGUUUCAAGUGUCCCCAGCGGAACUUGAGGGCCAUCUACUCCUUCACCCGGAUGCUGUCGAUGCAUGUGUUGUGGGCGUGCCGCAUGACUACAGCGGAGAACUGCCUUUGGCAUUCGUUGUGCUGGAAAGCAAAGCGCGACAGCGUGUCAACAACAACAGGAGCGAAGAACAGACGCUAAAGCGGAUUCUCUGUAAGCAUGUAUCUGAUGCGAAGGCCCAGUACAAGUGGUUAGCAGGGGGAAUCGAGUUUGUCGAUGAAAUACCAAAGAACCCAUCUGGAAAGAUACUUCGGAGAUUGUUACGCGAGAAAGCAAAGGCUUUGGCGAAACCAGUGACGGCUAGGCUGUGA